UGAAUAUCUUUUGAAACAAAAGUACAUUCGAAACAUAGAAACAGAGAAAGAGAGAUGACUGUGACUGCAGCAACAAAGGACACAGUGUGUGUCACAGGUGCAUCUGGGUUUGUUGGAUCAUGGCUCAUCAUGAGGUUGCUGGAGCGUGGUUAUGUGGUCAAAGCAACCGUUCGCGAUCCUGAAAACAUAAAGAAGACCCAGCAUUUGUUGGACCUUCCAAGUGCGAAGGAGAGGUUGACAUUGUGGAAGGCAGACUUAAAUGAUGAGGGAAGCUUUGAUGACGCCAUCUCCGGAUGCUCUGGUGUCUUCCAUGUCGCCACCCCUAUGGAUUUCGAAUCACAAGACCCUGAAAAUGAGGUGAUUAUACCAACAAUCAAGGGGGUCUUGGACAUCGUGAAAUCAUGCGUAAAGGCCAAAACCGUUCGACGUGUGGUGUAUACAUCCUCUGCUGGAACAGUCAAUGCAGUAGAACAUACAAUACCGGAGUACGAUGAGAGUUGCUGGAGUGAUGUUGAAUUUUGCCGUAGAGUAAAGAUGACGGGUUGGAUGUAUUUUGUAUCGAAGACACUAGCUGAAAAAGCUGCAUGGGACUCUGCCAAGGAAAAUAAUAUGGAUUUCAUCAGUAUCAUACCAACCCUUGUGGUUGGCCCAUUUAUCAUGCAAAGUAUGCCACCUAGCAUGAUAACAGCUCUAGCACUUCUCACAAGAAAUGAAGCUCACUACUCAAUCCUCAGACAAAUCCAAUUUGUUCAUUUAGAUGACUUGUGCAAUUGUCACGUUUUCUUGUUUGAGUACCCUAAUGCCAAUGGUAGAUAUAUCUGUUCUUCUCAUGAUACUACCAUCGUAGAACUCGCAAAAAUGCUGAGAGAGAGAUACCCUGAGUAUGACGUCCCUACAAUGUUCAAGGAUGCUGAUGAAACUCUCAAGCCUGUGAGCUUCCUAUCAAAGAAACUAAUGGACCUUGGAUUCAAAUACCAAUACACAUUAGAGGACAUGUAUGAUGGGGCCAUCAAAACCUGUCAAGAGAAGGGAUUGAUACCACUAGCCUCAGAGAAGAAGCCGGCCAUUGAGGAGAAGAAGCCAGCCAAUGAGGGGAAGGAAUAGAACUUGCACUCUUUUUAUGAAUUCACAUCCAAGCAAGAUAAUAUUUCUCAUAAUUUGUUCUAGUGAUUGUACCUCUUUAUUGAAUGGUGUUUAAGUUAUGUUGUUUUGGAUUUAUGCCCUCCACGUUUUGAUAAUGAUAUAUGUUAUUCCUUAUCAUUGU